AUGAUUGGAAAUAAAAUAACAAACACUCUGUUUUUUUCUAAGAAAAAAUGUUUUUAUUUUAUAAAAUGUAUCAAGAGAGGUUAUAAGAUAUUAUUUGUAAAUGAAAAACGAAAUAAUAAUUUUUUACAUAUGAUGAAAACUUCGAAUACAUAUAAUAUGUCAAAUAAAAAAAUUGUUUUAUUUAAUAUAGAUGAGAAUAAUUUAAAUAUCAGAAAAAGAAUUAAUAAGUUACUUACAAGUAGUAUAAUAUUAUCUUCUAUAUCUAUAUGUUUAAUAGAGUUUAAUAUAUUACCUAAUGUAUAUGGUUUUAUAAUAUGUUUUGUAUUAAUAUUAUAUAUUAUUAUGAAUUAUACGUUUUAUAAUUCUUUAAUAUUAAGGGCUGUGUUAGAUUAUCAUAACAAGACUUUAUUAUUAUAUCCAUUCAUGUUAAUAAAAAGAAAAGAUGUUUUAAAACAAAUUAUUAUUUCGCUUCAUGAGAUUAAAAAAAUUAAAAAAAUUAAUAAUUAUAUAAAAGUUUAUAUAAAACCAAAAAAUAUACAAGAAAAGAAAAUCAAAUGUUGGUCAUUUCUAAAUAUGUUACCAUAUUAUUUCCCUCGAUAUACUUUUUCAAAAAAUAAUAUUAUAUCUAAAAAUAAAUAUCAAGAUAUAUUAUAUCCUUAUGAUUUUAAUAAUUUAAAUAUAGCAGUGUUUGAUAAAAAAAAUACAAACCUUUCGAAUAUCACACCUAUAAACAUACAAAAAAAUGAUCAAGGGUUCCCUUUAAAUGUUAAGGAGGAAAAUAAAUUAUUGUCACUUUUAAAAUUAUAA